UAUACUACUACUAAUAAAAGUACUACUACUGCUUCUACAUCUACUACUACUAGUACUACUAUUACUACUAAUACUACUACUAAUACUACUACUAGUACUACUACUAGUACUACUACUACUCCUAUUACUACUACUAAUAUUCCUACCAAUAAUAAUACUACUACUAAUAGUACUAAUAUUAUUACUAGUAUUACUAACACUACUACUACUACUAGUACUCCUAAUAAUAGUACUAAUAGUACUACUAAUAAUACUACUACUACUACUACUAGUACUCCUCCUACUACUACUACUAGUACUACUACUAAUACUACUACGACUAUUAGUACUACUACUACUAGUACUACUUCCACUAGUACUACUACUACUACGAGUACUAAUACUAUUACUACUACUACCAGUACUACUACUAGUACUACUACUACUACUAGUACUACUAGUACUACCACUAGUACUACUACUAGUACUACUACUAGUACUAUUAAUAUUACUACUAUUACUACUAGUAGUACUAAUACUAAUACUACUAGUGCCACUACUACUACUAGUACUACUACUACUAGUACUACUACUACUAGUACUACAACUAAUACUAUUACUACUACUACUAUUACUAGUACUAAUAUUAUUAUAAUUAAUAUUACUACUACUAAUACUACUACUACUAGUAUUAAUAAUACUGCUACUACUAAUACUACUACUACUAAUAGUACUAUUACUAAUACUAGUACUACUACUACUAAUACUACUACUCUACUACUAGUAUUACUAAUACUACUAGUACUACUACUACUACUAGUACCACUACUUACUACUACUAAUACUACUAGUACCACUACUACUACCACUACUACUACUACUAGUACUACUACUACUACCACUACUACUACUAGUACUACUACUACUAGUAAUACUACUACUAGUACUACUACUACUAGUACUACUAGUACUACUACUACUACUAGUACUACUACUACUACUAGUAUUACAACUAUUAGUACUAUUACUAGUAAUACUACUACUACUAGUACUAAUACUUGUACGACUAAUACUAUUACUACUAGUACUAGUACUACUAAUACUACUACUACUAGUACUACUAAUACUAGUACUACUACUACUAGUACUACUACUACUACUACUACUAGUACUACUACUACUACUUCCAGUGCUACUACUACUACUACUAGUACUACUACUAGUACUAUGAGUACUAUUACUACUACUACCAGUACUAAUAACACGACUACUACUACUAGUACAACUACUAGUACUACUCGUAAUACUACUACUACUACUAGUAUUAAUACUACUAGUAAUAAUACUACUACUAGUACUACUACUACUAGUACUACUACUACUCCUAUUACUACUACUAAUAUUCCUACCAAUAUUAAUACUACUACUAAUAGUACUAAUAUUAUUACUAGUAUUACUAACACUACUACUACUAGUACUCCUAAUAAUAGUACUAAUAGUACUACUAAUAAUACUACUACUACUACUAGUACUCCUCCUACUACUACUACUAGUACUACUACUAAUACUACUACGACUAUUAGUACUACUACUACUAGUACUACUUCCACUAGUACUAAUACUACUACGAGUACUAAUACUAUUACUACUACUAGUACUACUACUAGUAUACUACUACUAAUAAAA